AGACGACCAACUAAUUUCUUAUUAUCCUCAAAAUUUUAUUCUGUCUAAUAUUCCUUAUAUUUUGUCUCCAUCUUACUCGCACGCUAUCUCCGAGCUUCACUUGCAAUGUCAUCGAUACGUCGGAACUUCUCGACUACAGCUCGCGCUCUCCUUAAAUUCAUAUGGAAGGGGACGGGCUCUAACUCCCAAUACGAGGAUCGUAUUAAAGCAAAACUUGCCAAGAAUCCGAAAUUAGUCGAUGCUGAUAAGGUGGAAAUUGCUGGCGACGAACACACCUCGCCAGCAGACCCUAAGCCUCGCGUGUCUGGGCAAGUGUUCAAAGACAACCGCCGACUUACGUCUCUCCACGCAUAUCACGACGGAACGAUCAUAUACUCCAAGGACAGUAUCAACAAAGCACAAGAGGACUAAGCUGCAAAUGCGAAGUGACAACAAUUUGUAUACCUCGGAAUGAUAGGGUGGUUGAUACGGGCUUGUAUAAUGCUGCUGGGAACCAGGCCUACUGUGGACAAGGUCAUUUGACGUAUAAUUUACCCAACCAUAGCGUGAACAUGGAUCUCGAAGGAGGCAAAGAAGCCUUAUCAUAAGUCGUGCUG